CUAAGAAGCCACCAGGCAAAUGACGACAAGUGUAAGCUGAAGCAGAAACGCAAAGCCGAGGAGGAUAAGCGAAACGCAAAGCUCAGGCGAACCGACUGUGAUCCGCACAGUUUUCCCGGUUUGCUGGCAUCCAGGCUCCCUCGCCCGGAUCUUAGGAUACCGUUGACUGACGCUGCGUACGGGCUGCAUCCACGUCCUGACGUUGUUGUGCCAGUCCCAGAACCUACACGCCCAGAACCUACACGCCCAGAAUCCGUUUUGGUGGUUACAGAACCGGAAGAAGAGGUUUUCGACCUUAGAGCCGAGUUAUGCAUAUUGUCCAGGACUCACGGCUUUACCAAUGCUGCGAUUUCCUCGUUGAUACAGAUCUUCAGGCAUCCUGCUCUGCAGCAAGGUCAAUUGGAGGGAUGGAACAGUUACAGGGACCUCGAGAAAUUCGAACAGGACUGCGAGGUGGGAGAGGAGAACGAAUGGCAUGUGGCGGAGAUCGAGAUCGAUCACGAAGUUGGCUUCCUGACCUUCAAGCACCGAAGCAUCGUCAAGGUUCUGCUGGCCAUGUUCAAGACGAUGUCGGCCGUCAGUGGUUUCGCGAUUGAACCCGAGGAGUGGGUGGUCGAUGGCGAACGCCGAUACAGCACCCCGCAGAACACAGAUUGGAUGCUCAUGGCAUGGGAGCGUGUGAAGAAGCUGGGCAUAGUACUGGCGAUCAUUCUGUUCUCCGAUCAAACCAACUUGUCGUACAACGGUCGCCAGUCAGCACAUCCCUUUGUGAUGUCCAUGGGGAACAUCCCGGAGUGGGCAAGGUGGCUCGAGGGUGGCACGGAGCUGGUUGGCCUCCUGCCGAACAUCCCUCCAGAUCUGAAGCCGGAAGAGAAGACACGCGCCUUCCAGCAAGCUGCAGACAUUUUCAUCGAGCCGUUGAGGCGGCUCUCAAAACUGAAAGGGGGAGGCUUGGAGGUGGAAGACAGCGCUGGGGUGUGCUAUCGAGCUUUCCCGCUUCUCUACGCGUACGUUACAGAUCACCCUGAGUCUUGCAAAGUCACGUGCACAAUGGCAUGCAACUCCUUCCGGCCAUGCUCCAUAUGCCUUGCUGAAAAGCCGAGGCUUGCGGAGGUGGAAGACCCGAUUGUUUUGCGAACAGUGCGUGAUCAAGGGCGCUUGUACAAGCAGAUGGAGUCCGCCACCACCAAGAAGAAGCUGUCCGCAUUGAGGACCACCUACUCGACGCACUUUGUCAAGAGUCUUCUGUGGGACUGGGAGUUCGCAAAAACGAUUUGGGGGAACACGUAUCUCGCCGUCACACCUGACAUCAUGCAUAUUAUUGAGCAGGGUUUUUGGCUGCAUGCAAUGAAGUGUCUUGUGAAGAAGCUCACCCCGUCUGAACGGAAGAUCCUUUUAGAGCGAUACAAGUUGCUCAAGGCAAUCACACCGGCGUCCCUUUUGCGCCUGCCCCAAGCCUGGGUGUACUUCACAACCACAGCGAAUUUUUCAGCAUCUGAGCACCGUGCCAUGAUGCAGGUCUUGCCACUCAUCAUCGACCUUCCCGAAAGGGUUCACAUUCGUCGCGCCAUCGUCCGCAUCGCGGACUGGUACAAGGAGUUCAUCCGUGCAGAGUAUCACACUGAUGCAUCCCUCAUCCGCAUGGAGACAGCGACUGUCGUCAUGGUAAAGGCGCUCGUGAAGGCCUUCCCUAACCAGAAGUCCAAGUGGCACAUUGUGAAGAUCCAUCUCCUCGUUCACCUGCCUGCCACCAUCCGAGCGCGUGGCCUGCCACAGGAGUACUCAUCCAACACGUACGAGCACUCUCACAAGACAACUGUCAAGCGCCCCGCCCGUGGAACGAACUGGAAGAACGUCGGGGACCGCAUUGUCAAGAAGCAUGUGCAGCAUGCUGUGGUUCGCCAGCUGUCUCGCGAGGUUGGCGGUGACAAGACUUACGAGACCGCAAUGAAGGAGGCGUGCACCGUGGGCCGUAGGGUGCUGACCAAGACGCACAAGAGGAUGGUGGUGGGGGAUAGCACGGAUCCAAUGUGGAGGAGCUACGUCGCGGUCCUGGGGAAACCUGCGAUGGACCAAAUGGCGUCCCACCUCAAGCUGGCGGGCGUGAAGACCCAGGUCCUUCAGGUGCACACCGCACUUGCCAUCCCUCCACACGACAGGAUGGAAUGGACAGCCAAGGGCCAAUUUGUCAAAGCGAGCCCGUCACAGCGGAACUUCUCUGACGUGGCCAUAAACCCUGCGGGGAAGGGGGCCAACUGGUACGGCCGCUGUCUGGUUCUGUUCCACUACGACAAAGACGGGGCAACGAAGCAGGCUGCCUACAUUGAGUACUACACAGAGGACAGGCAGGUGUGCCACGUCACUGGAUGCCGACGGCUCCUGCCAACGAGGGGUGUCGACAACUAUGCGAUCAUGGAUGCAGAUUGCAUCCUGAGCCUUGUUCAUGUUGUCCCGUGCUGCAAGGAUCCUGAUGUGCGCUUGCUGAACAGAUUUGUGUGGUGAAUUGCCAAGUGGAAUAGUUCUAGUUGCUUGCAGCAAGCAACUUUAGGGCGACCUCAUGACAACAAACUUAUAUUAAAAUCAUGACUGCUAGAUUAUGCCUUCAAAUUGAUGCAUGAUGACAUUUCAC